GCAGCGUAAGACACGAUUUCUCCAACUGUUCCCAUUCAAAACCUUUUGGAUUAAAAUACGACCAAAGGGGUAAGAAGAAAUAAGCAAAGGAACAAUCCACGAGAGAGAGUUGGAGCUCAUCAUCGUCUGAGGAGAGAGAGAGAGAGAGGGAUUGAGGAGAGGGGGGUGGUGUGACUGUUGAAACUUGAAAGUCUUCGUGUCGGGGUUGUGGGAUGGGCGAUGACAAAGCGUCACUGGUGGUAAUGGGCAGCAGGGAGAGAGACAGAGAUCGGGAGCUUCUCAUCCCAGUCGCCGACUCCGUCCUCGAUGAUGCCUCCUCCAAACCCUCCUCUUCCGCCUCCGCUUCUCUCCACCACCACUCCGGUCGAGAGACCUUUUCCAAAGUUGUUAGGAGCUGGGCAUCAAAAAAGUUCAUGACUGGAUGUGUUAUCUUAUUUCCCAUUGCAAUCACCUUCUAUAUAACAUGGUGGUUUAUCCAUUUUGUGGAUGGCUUUUUCUCUCCAAUCUACGCUCAACUUGGAAUCGAUAUCUUUGGUCUUGGAUUUGUAACUUCCAUUACGUUCAUCUUCCUGGUUGGGGUGUUCAUGUCAUCUUGGUUGGGGGCAUCUGUUUUGAGCCUUGGGGAAUGGUUUAUCAAACGGAUGCCAUUUGUUCGUCACAUCUACAAUGCCUCCAAGCAAAUUAGUGCCGCAAUAUCACCAGAUCAGAACACACAGGCCUUCAAAGAAGUAGCCAUCAUUAGGCAUCCACGUAUUGGUGAAUAUGCAUUUGGGUUCAUCACUUCAUCUGUCAUCCUCCAGAAUUAUUCGGGGGAUGAGGAGCUAUGCUGUGUCUAUGUACCCACCAACCAUCUUUACAUAGGGGAUAUAUUCCUGGUCAAUUCCAAGGAUGUUAUUAGGCCAAAUUUGUCAGUUCGAGAAGGAAUAGAAAUCGUAGUGUCAGGAGGCAUGUCGAUGCCCCAGAUCCUGUCAACACUGGAUUCACGAGUUAUUCAAGUGGAUCGAAGUAGACCUGACAGAGGCUGAGGCAGAGGCAGAGGCCGGGGUGGAGGAUUCAUAAGAAAGCUAUUUAUUGAAAAUACCUUGUGGGUGGUGGUACCGUGGUAGUGCUGGGGGGCUUCAAGUACGUCAUCAGAAUGUGCCUUGUGGUAUUGUUCAUCUUGAGCAGUGAGGAAUCUGAAAUAAGAUUGUUGAUUGCUUGAUGGUGGGAAGUGUGGAAUUUCUGAUGGCAUGUGUAACAUUGGCUGCCUGUACAAUGUAGAAAUGUCAAGUGUUUGCUUGGAAAUUAAUAUAGGUUUGGAUCAGGAUGAUAGGCCUUUCUUUUUCCUUUUUCCUUUUUCCUUCUCUCUAUAUGGUUUUGCAUGUUUUUUGGUCACGGAUGGUUCUGGUUUUGGUUUUUUCUUUUUUAGCCUAUAUUUGUACUGAACUGAUCUCGUUUGAUGAGUUUUUCACAUUUCAAAGAUGUUCAACGUC